UGAAUUUUUUGAGGUGGGUGGGGUGUCAGCUUCACUCAGCUCGCCGAGCUGACUGAUGGGUAAACCGUAAAAGUUCAGCUUCUCUUUUACCUUCGCUGCCAUUCAUCCGAGUAGACGGCAGCAGCAAUCCCUUCCUCGCGUGCCCACUCAUGCACCCACCCACGCGCGGCCGGUCGGUGUAUCAGCCCACAUCAUCACCAGCUACUAUUACACCAGAGGGAAGCCGCUUCGGGUCGCGGCGCGCGCGUUGCGGGAGCGCGCACACAUACCGUGGGCUGGUCCGUUUGCGCGCACAGCUGUGAUUUUCUUUUUGGAGGUAAGAGGGACGCGGGUUAAGCUGCUGUCCUCGGUGUGGUUUGGAGAAGGAGCUUCAGUGGAGCAGCUUUCAGCGCCAAAAAAACCCCCCAAAGGAGGCUGAGUGAGGAGGGAAACAUAAGGAUGCUGAUCCCAGCAGAGUCAGCGGGAGCUGCAGCUUCUCUUCAUCACCGCCAACCCGGGUUGUUCCGUCUGUAACUUUUUAACGAGCUGAAGUUCACAUCAGCUAGUUUUUGUUGUUCCCCCUCUCUCCCCCCGUUACGUCCGGUUUCGCUCCGGUUCCGCCGGCCUCCCUGCCAUGGUGGCCGCAUCGGUCCACGGAGCGCUCCUCCUGUGCGCCCUCCUCCUCCAGCUGUUCCCGCUUCCCGGCGGACAGGCACCAAACUGCCAGGAGGUGCGCGCUGCGUUUCACGCUCUGCAUCCCGGCUCCAAGUGGGUCCCUGAAAGCCCGGUGUCAGGUGCAGAUCUGCAGGUUUGCCAAACCAAAGGCCCGACCUGCUGUUCCAAGAAGAUGGAGGAGCGGUAUCAGGUAGCUGCACGCAGCAACAUGGAGUCGGGGCUGCAGGUUGUCAGCGCUCAUCUCAAACGCCUCAUCAUUCAGAACGCUGCUAUCUUCCAAGAGGCCUUCGACCUGGUGCUGCGUCACGGCCGUAACUCCACCCUGACCGUGCUGAAGUCGGAGUUCCCGGCUCUCCUCCCUGGAGCCCAGAGCUCCGUGGGGCAGCUCUUCCUGGACAUGUCGCUCUACAUCCUCGGCUCCGACUCCACGGUGGACCACAUGGUGGCGGUGUUCUUCGGCAAACUCUUUCCCCUCAUGUACCGCCGGCUGCUCGGCGGCAGUACGUCCGCCGAGUCCGAGGAGUGCGUGCGGGGAGCCUGGAAGGACUCCGGAGCAUUUGGGCCUUACCCCAAACUGAUCAUGACCCGCCUGUCUCGCUCCCUCCUGGCCACAAGGGUCUUCCUGCAGGCGCUCAACCUGGGCAUAGAGGUGGUCAACACCACGGACCAUCUGCGGCCCAGCAGGGACUGCGGCCGGGCCCUGCUGAGACUGUGGUACUGCCCGCACUGCCAGGGCAUGCUCAGCCCGCCGGCCUGCAGAGGCUUCUGUCAGACGGCAAUGCAGGGCUGCCUGGGGGGCGCCGCCGAGGUUCAGCCCCACUGGAGGAGCUACAUUGACGGACUGGGGAAGUUGGCAGGCGGCAUGAGAGGGGAGCAGGAUAUGGAGGCCGUUGUUCUCAGGCUGCCGUCGCUGAUUAAGCUGGCUCUGAAGCAGGCUGUGAAUGCCCGCAGCCGGCUCAGCGCCCUGGUGAGCGGCAUGUGUGGACACGCUACGAAGCGAGCCUCCCGUUCUGUAGAGGCCCCCCCUCUCCAUCAGCCUCCUGCUGCAUCUGCGACCCGGGACGCUCAGCCCUCAGACUCCGAUGAGACGCUGGCUGGACUCCGCAGGGAGUUCAUCACCAACCUGAAAAGCUUCAGCUCCUUCUACAGCGGCCUCGGGGAGGCGCUGUGCAGUCGGGAGCUCGCCGCGGCGAACAACUCCCUCUGCUGGAACGGACAGGAGAUGACAGACAGGUUUGCCGGGCCCAGCCAGAAACGGCUUCAUCCCGCCUCGGAGUCUAAGAGCAACAAGCAGCCGGAGCCGGUCAUCAGCCAGAUCAUUGACAAACUGAAACACAUCAACCAGCUGCUCAACAUGGUGACGGUGUCCGAGAAGCGAUGGCGAGCGCGCUCAAGAGCAGCCGACGCCGACGAGGGGUUUGCGAGUGGCGACUGCGACGACGAGGACGAGUGCGCCGAAGUGUCGGGGCUGGGGCCUCCUCCGAGACGCAAACGGCUACGGAUCUUCACAGACCUCGCUGAUAACCUGGAUGACUUCACCUUCCAGGAGCAGCUGCUGACCCCUCGGCUGGCCACCGCCGGGAUGGGAGGGGCCCCGUCACCUGCGGCUCCGUUGCCAAGGAGCGGCCUGGUCCCCGUGCUGCCAGCGACGCUCGCACUCCUCCCGCUUUGGCGCCACUGACGGAGCCGGCCUCCUGCCCCCUGUUUUAGCUAUAAAUUCCUUACAAACACGUAGAAGGUGAUGAAUCUUUUGGACCUCUAAAACACCGGCGGCCCCAUCAAAGGAAGUAUUAACAACCAAAACCCCCUUUUUUUUUCUUCUACUCUAACAAUAGUUUUCCUUCUUUCAAAUUUGUCAGACGUUUCAAAAUCAAGCACACUCCAUAUCCCGUCUUGUAAAUAAGGACACUUCCAGCUGGCAAACUUUACUUUUUUGUACUCUCUGGCUUCACAUGCUCAUAUACUGACUUUGUCUCUAUAGCAACAAGGCAGGAGAGAAGCUGAUUAUUUAUUAAACUGUGGACAUGUAAAUAAGUGCAACCUCUCUGUCUGUACCGACUGGUAGCCCAGCUGGAAGGACCGAGCGUCAGCCGCUGCCAUCUUCCCUCAUGACUGUGAGGGAAACUCUUGCCAGCACUGGACCUGAAAGCUCAUAGGGAAUCAACGUACUUAAAGGGAAAGUCCAGAGUUGUUUUCAAACAAGGUUCUGCUGAGUGCUUAUGUGCUGUAAACGUCUUACCUGCUGUAGGUAACGAUCUUCGAUUAGCGUGAAUUCAAAUUGGUUGAUCCAGGCAGAAACUAACAGUUGGUUCACAACUGUUUUUAAAGGGCCAGAAUGUAUUGAUAAAAUCCAAUAACAAACUCUUAAAAUAUUAAUAAGCGGCUGCCUCUGCCUUUGAUAAGUAUUUCUUAAUAGGCCAGUGUUAUGUAAAACUGUCUUUUUUUAGCUUUACAUCAUGCUAUAAUGUUAGUCCCUAAUCUAAAACAUACCUGGAGUCUUGCCUUGAUUCUUUCAUGCAAUGAGAAAUCCUUAAAUCUCCAUGGCAACCAUUAAGCUGUAUAAAACAGAUGAAGGGACAGAAAGGCCCAUUGCUUCCCCUUUUCUAGGUGAAGUUCCUCUUCAGAGCUGCAGUUUCCAAGCCGAUUUUCUGCCCCACAGAGCUUCAGCUUCACAGAGCAGCCCUGCCCCACUCAGCUCCUUCAGACUAGCCAGCA